AACAGUCCACAGCGCAGGCGUAUGAAAACAACACAACUCUCGUUUAUUACAGCAAAAAUACUAUUUAACAGCCAAAAAUAUAUAUUCAGAGCUGAGUUUUCUAAUCCACAGCAUGUCUCGCGCGCAGGCUGAAAGCGUUAUUAAAAAUAUAAUCCGUGAAAUCGCACAGCAGUGCUGCAGGCAGGGCCAGGCUGUGUCUGAAACCCUCACUGCCUUCAUGGUAAAAGCUGUAGUUUUGGACCCAAGGAACCUCUUUAACGUUGACCGGACGCUGACCAAGCAGGAUGUGGAGAAACUGAUCGAGCUGUGUGUGAACAGAUUGUUGGAUCAGAAGAGUCCCGCAUUGGACACCAUUAAGAUGCAGGUUCACUUUGAUAUGAAUUACACGUCUCGACGUGAGUUUGUGGAGGAGCACCAGAAGGUGGUGCAGAUGCGUCUCCUGCCCGUGUGCCGGGAAAUCACAGACAGCAGAGCCAAGAGCCGAGACGAGCUGGACGAUCUUUACCGCAGGAUGGUCACCUACGUGCUUUUACGCUCCGGCCUCGGCUCAGCCUCCGACGUCACCAACGUACAAGAAGCCACAGCGGCCCUACAGAGUGUGUUUCCCCAGUCGGAGCUGGCCGCCUUCAUGUCUCUGCUCAGACGUGAUAAAGAGCAGCAGCUGAACGAGCUCACCAUGAUCAUCACCGGGAUCCGGCUCUUCAACAAGGACAGCGGGAAAGGAGGAGAGAGCGUCGAGGACCUGCCGGCCGUCCUGAACGAGGCUCUUCCUGCUGCCAGCGCAGAUAUCGAGCGUGAACUGGAAGGGACGCAGCGUUUCGCCUGGCGCUACACCGCUCUGCUGGAGAGACGCUCUGCACCCGACACUGACGGCGAGCUAAACAUGGACCUGCUCACACAGGCUCUGUACAACUUACGCCAACACGAAGCCUUCCUCAAAAUCAUACUGGCGGAUGUGAUCACAUGUGCAAAGCAAGUGGAGGCUCUUCAGACUGACUUCAUAUCGAGGAUGAGGGUGCUGAAGGCCACAGUUCAUGCCAAAACUGCCGUCCCAACCUCCCAAGUGUUCCCUCAUUUCACGGCACUGGCCAGGCUGUGGGUGGGGCUUCAGGAUGAGAUGCUCCUGUUGAACAUGCUCAGGAGCGUGGCGCUGAGCCUGAGGCCAUUCCUGUCGGCUCAGUCCCAGCUGCUGGAGAGCAUUCAGCUGGAUCAGCUGCUCCAGGGUGAGACUGUCAAAUCUGACGCAGAGAGAGCUGCUGAGAGCUCAGAGGAGCGGGUUGAUCCAGCGGAGAUGAAGUCGUACGAGUGGAUUCUGCCUGAGACCACGGCUAACUUUGAGCAGCUCCCCCUGCAGUACAGGGGUGUGUGUGGAUACACUCUUGUCGAGAAGAACGGCCUCCUGCUGCCAGGCAAUCCCAACAUCGGCAUCCUGAAGCACAGGGAGAAAUACUACAGCUUCAGCUCCAAGCAGGCCGCGUAUCAGUUUGCCUCGAACGCAGACAAGUACAUCGAGCUGAUUGCGGAAAGAGCGAAGAGAUCUCCGGAGCUGAUCCAGCUGCUCGAGCUUCAUCAGCAGUUUGCCAGUGUCACUCCGUACUCUCAGAUGCAGUCAGGUGAGAGACUGUUGGUGAAACCCAUCAGCAAAAGUGAGAGCAGCACACAGACGGACACACACCUGCUGGAGAGCAACAUCGUAAAAUCUUAUGAGUGGAAUGAGUGGGAGCUGAGACGAAAAGCCAUCAAACUGGCAAACCUGCGCAGUAAAGUAACCCGCUCGAUGCAGACCGACCUGAGCCACAUGAGGAGACACAACAACACCCAGACAUACACACCAAAAGACGCUGCCUGCCAGACGAAGAGAGACAGCCAGAGUAACGUCCCGAAACCUCAAAUCUACCUGGCUGGGCUGCGAGGAGGAGGAAGUCCAACCACUCACAUGACCAAAAUCGAUUUAACUAGAGCCGUGCAUGAAUAGUCUGUGUUUUUUUUUUAUUAGAACAUAUGCCUUACUUUUACACAAAGGUUAAACCUAGAAUUGUAUGUAUGUAUUGAAUUGUUGAAUUCUGGAUUCCGAUUGGUCAGAAAUUUUCUAUAACAGUAUCUCUGAAAGAAGUGCAGGUUUAUAUUAAUGCACAUUCUCUAACACGAUAUGGUUUCUAUAGUAACAGCUAAUUCACAGGGACUUGUACGACGGACGCUCCAUGUAAAAGGAUUAAAAAAUCUUUGAUACAGUGACGCUUUUGUAACUCAAAGAGACGUUCAUAUAACAGUUAUGGAAGGAGUCUCCAGUGUCAGUGCUUUGUAACACUCAGAGGCAAAGCGGUGACUUUAAGUUUUGCAACAUCUUCAGGACAGAGGAGUUUAUGCAUUGCGGUUUCUCGGUAAGAUGACAACAUGGUCUUUUUUUUUUGUCUUAUUAACUUUAAGAGAAAGAAAAAAGGGAGGCUGGUGAGGGAAUAACUGUUAAUUCAACUAAAUGUAACUAUAAAUGGAUUAAAAAAAUGAGGUGUUGUCCAAAAAUAAAUUGAAAUUUGUAAUUGUUGGCAAAUUUCUAUGGUAUAAGAGGAAUAAAACUCUU